UUGUUUGGGAGCCGUUUGAUAACACCAUUUGAUUUUAAUCCUUUGUGAACAACAGGUAGAGAAAGAGCACAAUCCUUUGUAAAGAAAAACAGCAACAUCAUGAGUGGGUACAGAAGACUGGCUUUGGCUGCCGUAUUGUUAAUUACUAUUGCUUUCAUUUUGGAUGCAGCCGAUGGAAAAAAGACCAAAAAACAAGACAAAUACAAAGUUCGAGAUGGGAAGCAAAAAGAUCAAAAAUGGAAUGAAGAAAAGCAAAACAAAGAAAAAAAUCUAAAAGAGAAAAACAAAUACAAGAAGGGGAAGAAACAUGAAGAAACAUUAACCCAGAAGAAAAAAGAAGAGGCCAAAGUCUUAGAGGAGAGUGUUCCAGAGGCGAAACCUGAAAAAGCAGCAAAGAAACACAAAAUAGAAAAGACAAAGGAAAAGAAAGUUAAGAGAGAAGUGGUCGAAGAAGUCGUUGUUGAAAAUGAGCCAACUAAGAAAUCAAAAAAAUCCUCAGAGACCAAACAAGAGAAAGUGGCCCGAAAAGAUGAAGAAAAAGUACUGGCCCAACAGGAAGAAGUAUUGACAAAGUGUGACAACCAAGACACGAAAUCCAAUUACAAACAAGACGAAAGCAAAACUUGCAGCAAAACCAUGAAAGAGGAAAAAGGUGAAGAAAGCAAAGAUACCGUUGUGGAAGACGCUGUAGAAGAAGAAUCAGUAUAAUUAAUUUUUAUACAUAUGAAAAUGAAUUAAUUUAAUAAUUUCUUUUAAUAUUUUAUUUUGAUGAUUGUUGCUUCGUUUUUGUGUAAAACUAUAAAAUUAUUUUUUGUGUUUUUUACAAUUAUUGUACAUAAGUUAUUUCAAUAAACAAAAUAUUCAUAUUUAUAUUCUUCCAAUAAAAUAAAUUUAUGUUAACUGUAAUAUAUGAAAUGUGGUGAGAGGAUAAAUAA